CCUACCUGCGUUAAAAUAUUAAUUAAUUCAUAUAUAUUCUCGAUUUCUGUACUUAAGUACACAACACGCGCGCGCCUAUGUAACAAAAAAUAGAUGCGUUCACAUACUUUCGUUUGCGUUCAUAUUAUAAUUAGUAUUUGAAUAUUCAAUUCAUGUAUGAUUCCAAUUUUAAUUCAAACAAGGAUAAUUACAGUGCGCUGAUCUUUUGUGUAAUGUAUUACGAACCGUAUAAACUACUGCUGUAGUCAACUAUAACCAUACCUAAAUAUAAUUAUCCUCGAACUUUCUCAACAUUUUGGUUUAUACUGUCAUGAAACCGCUGUCUUCAUUUUAACACAGAUAAAUAAACCAUGAAUUUGCCAACACCUGAAGAUACAACUAAUAAUUUAGUUGUCCAACCAGAUAUACAAACAAAAGAAUGGGUUAAAUUUGAAGAUGAAGCAGUAUCUGUUGUUUCAUCAACUUCAAAUAAAAUUGAUAAUAUGAAAAAACUAGAAACAAAUAUACCAGCUCUUAUAAAAUCAGAAUCAUUGACAUUCAAAAUCAAUAAAAUUAAGAAGCCUUUAGACGAAAAUCACAAAAGAAAUGAGAGUUAUAGUGGAGCUGUAAUAGCAACUAAUUCAGUUCAAAUUAAUUUAGAUCGUUCUGGGAUAAAUCGUACCAUAACAAAUGAAAGUUUAGAACCUAACCUGCAACUAUCUGUGGCAGGAAUUUAUAAUACAAAAAGUGCCUCUUUGAAAACUAUAGAUUUAAGAGAUACCAUUCAUGGUAGAAAUACCAUAAAUAGUCCUUUUGGUAAUAUUAGGCAAGGCUUUGCCAAUGGUGAUAUCAUUGUUACUUUGUUACCAGUUAAUACUAAGUGGCCUUGGAUUACACCAGCUAGAUUUCGUCCAGAACUUGUACCUGAAGAAUUAAUGGCACAAGGAUUAACACUAACAGUUGAAGAUUAUGUGCAUAUAAUGGAGCUUCUUGUAAAUGAUGUUCGAUUUAAUAUGUAUAAUAUAUGCUACAAAAGAAUCCUUGUUAUUUGGAUAUUUACUGCAUUUGUAGUGUUAUUGGGAUUGUUAUUCUCAGGAGUAACAGGAUUGACAUUAUUUGGUCUAGGAGUAAUGUGGCUGGUUUUAAAUGCUGCUGCCAUAUUUUUAUGCAUGUUUAUUAAAAUUAAAUUGAAUUAUAAUCUUGAAAAGUGUAUGGCUCAAGUAAAUAAAUCUCUUCUCAGACAUAAGAUUUUACUUGGUCUUGAUGAUAGAGGAAUUAUUUCAUGUCACAAAAUUAAUUUAUGUUUUAUAUAUUUUGACACAACGGAUUGUAUUAAAAAAUUACAAGAAAUAAUUGAACAAGAAGAGCAAGCUGGUAGAGCAAUCGAUACUAAUGAGAAUUCGAGAUCUCAACGUCAGCGUGAGUUACAGCAACGUAUGGAUAUUGAUGACAGUGAUAUUGUCAUUCAAGGCAAUACGACUACUCGAGUGUCACGUAAACAGAACAAAUGCGAGCAAGUAUUCUGCCGUUACACACAACGCUGGGCAAAGGACUAUUUACGCCGCCGAUUGGAUUGGACAGUCGAUGAGGAAGGAGGAAAUCCUUUUUCGUCCCGACAUUUAUCGACUGCUUUGUGUCCCUGCCAGUAUAUUGAGGAAUGGUUGCAUAAUAAGAUCCAUGUGCAAGGAAGAGACUUUUGCCCUCGAUGGAGUAGUUUCCUUCGAGAUAAAGGCAUUUAAGAUUGAAAUUAUGUUGUUAGAGGAGUGAAUUGACAAAUAAAUGAAUGAAUCGAAUUAUUUGGUAGGAUCAAUGACUUAAAUGAGCGAAUCAACGAGCUAAUUUACAUACAAAAAUUAUUUAGAAUAUCAUAUUGAGGAGCACAUUUUCAAUGUUAUGACUUGAUAAUUAAUAACAUACAAGCGGCUCAUUUUUUUUAUAUCAGUAUAAUCCGUUUCCUAAACUCUUAAAU